CUCACAACACCGUGCAAGAGCGAAUUGUGGAGCGUCAAUGGCCAAGUUGGCCAAGUGCAGGGCGGGCGGAACCAGUGGACGAUCCCCAUCCCUGCUCCUCCGACCACACCAAGAAACCCGUCCCACCGCCAUCCAUGCCAAGCCCAUGGGAACGCGGCUGCCGAUGUGCCUCUUUUUUUAAUCUGUACAACAAGAACUGCCACAAGCUUUUUUUUGAAACUCGCUCGUUAUCUUCGAUAAUUGUUUCUCUUGCAGUCUUUGCUGUCAACUACUGUCGUUACUUUCCGCAUUUGUUAGACAUUCGUCCUGCACUCGUUGUCAAGUUGUAAUUGUGCACCUGCCGAGGAGAGCUCACAUCAGGGAAAUAUGAGAAGUUACAGUUGGAGGGGCCUUCUGGCCACCUCUUUGGGAUUGUUUGCUGCGGGAACAAAUGCUCAAACUGGCGCAAUCUCGGAUUUGGGGAGCCUUCUCGCUGGGCAAAAGAACCUUACAACUUUUUACGCUUUAAUACAGAAAUACCCCGAGAUUUUAUUACAAUUGCCUUCAUACCAAGGUGUCACUGUCCUUGCUCCCAACAAUGAUGCCUUCAACAAGAUUCCGUACAGUUCACUGAACGAUGCGUUCAAGAACAACGACAAAGACACUAUCACAAAUGUCCUCGAGUACCAUAUUCUUCAAGGCACUCGUCUUGCUAAGAGUUUAGUACCUGGCACACCGACCUUUAUACCUACACUUUUAACAUCACCCGAAUGGAGCAAUGUGACUGGGGGUCAAAGAGUUGAGAAUGUCAAGCAAGCAGGAGACGUCGUUGUGUUUGUCAGUGGCCAAGGAAGCAGAAGCACCCUCACCCAGGCAGACUUAGCAUUCACCGGCGGCGUGGUGCAAGUAAUCGACUCGCUCCUGAUCCCGCCCUCCAACCUCAAGACCACAACCACGGCUUUCAACCUUACCUCCUUCCAAGGCGCCCUCUACGCAGCCAACAGACUGCCCCUCGAUUCCACAACCCAGAAUGCCACUUUCUUCGCUCCCUGGAACGAAGCCUUCCAAGCCCUCGGCCCGGCAAUCUCCUCCAUGACCUCAGACCAAAUCGCCCAAGUCAUGGACUACCACCUCGUGCCCCAGGUAAUCUACUCCACCAACCUAACCAACGGCACACAGUACCUCACCGCGCAAGGCGAGAACCUCACCGUCCGACACUCCGGAAACAACGUCUUCAUCAACUCUGCCCAGCUCCUGCAAGCCGACAUCCUGAUCGCCAACGGCGUCAUCCACGUCAUCGACAACGUGCUAAACCCACAAAGUCCCAGCGCGCAGCCGAACCCAACAAUCGCAUCCCAGGCACCAGUCUUCGCUUCAGCGAGCAGCGUGAACAAUCUGCCGUUUACGAGCGACAUCCCGUGUACGACCUCGUGUCCGGUUACCUCGCACACGGGCACAAGUAGUGUAGGCGCCAAGACGCAGACGAGCACGAGCGUGAGUACGAGUAAGAGUAAAGGGUUGGGAGCUGCGGUGGCGAGGGAGACGGGCUACCAUGCUGCGGGGCUGAUGGUUGCGCUUGGUGGGGCGGUGAUGCUCCUCUAAACCCUUCUACUUCUCGAAAGUUAAGAGGAAUUGAUGAGAGUGGUAAUUUUACAUUGUGCUUUUUGGUCUGCUUGGAGAAUGGGAGUUGUGCUGGUAGGGUACGAAUACUUUGGGAUUGUAAUAUACCAUUCAUUCAUUUGGGCAAGCGAGCGGGCGAACGAUAAAGUCAUGUUGGUUAUGCUGAAGGAAAGGAGAUUGUACAGGAUGUGGAUUGAACUGCAUUGGAUUGGAUUGAUGAUUAUGGGGAUAGAAUACUGUGGAUUGGGUGGUUUAGGUACUGCUCAUUUAAUGUAAUGUUGAGUUCUGUGAAG